AUGGAGGCUGUUUCUGAGGCGGCGGCUGAGGGCGAGCGACUCUCGCUUGCUGCCGGCGUCCCCGCUUCUGUCCCGGAGCGGCUCCAGCAGCGAGAAGCGGAACGGCGAGAGGAGGCGGAGCGGAGGCGGCGGGAGCGCGACGCGCAGGCGGUGCAAGAGGAGCAGAGCGACUUCUUCACGGCAGCCUUCGCCCGAGAGCGGGACUCGGUCGAGGCGCUGCUGGGGCCGGACUCGGACGAAGGCGCGGAAGCCGCCGCCGCCGCGAGGCUGGAGGAGGCGGCGGGGCGGCUGCAGAGCCUGCAGCGGCUGCUGACGGACUCGGUGCGCUUCCUGGCCCCCUACGAGGUGCGGCAGGCGCAGGCGACGCUGGCCAGGCUGCAGGGCGCCCUUUCCGAGCGACGCCUGGAGCUGCAGCCCAAGAAGCGCUUCGCCUUCCGGGCCCGCAAGAAGGAGGCCGCGGCGGCUCAGGAGCCCCCGGAGGCCUCCGCGCGGCCGCGAGCGUCGGCCGAGGCGGCCCCCCCCUCCUCCUCCUCCUCCGGGGCCCCGGCGGUUCCCAAGUGUGGGUUCAGCCGGGCCGAGGGGCAGGAGCUGCUGCUGGGCCCGGCCGAGCUGCUGCAGCAGGACGUGGAGUUGUCGCAGCUGCGCCGUUGCCGGGUGCGGCUGUGUGGCAACCCCAACACGCUGACGAUGCGCGGCUGCCGGGACUGCGCGGUGCUCUGCGGGCCCGUGUCCACCUCGGCGCUGGUGGAGGACUGCAGCGGCUGCCUCCUGGCCCUCGCCUGCCAGCAGCUCCGCACGCACCAGACCACCCAGAGCAGCUUCUACGUGCAAGUGACUUGCCGAGCCAUGCUGGAAAACUGCAGCGGCGUCCGCUUCGCCCCCUACGCCUGGAGUUACGCGGGCAUCGAGGCCGACUUCGAGACGUCCGGCCUCGACAGAAGCAGAAACAAUUGGAGCACGGUGGAUGAUUUCAACUGGCUGGCUCGGGAUCAGCCCUCUCCGAACUGGAGUGUGAUCCCGGAGGAGGAGAGAGUCUCUGAUUGGAACUGAAUUGGGAACUCUUUA